AUGGUUCAACAUGGAUUAAAGCAAGUGAAGACAAUCAUCAAGAAUGUUCAUGAUACCGUUGAUUACAUCAAUGGUAGUGAGUAUCGGUUCCAAAACUUUCUGGAGCUUGUUCAACAAUUCAACUUAAAGGAGAGAAGAUCGGUGCUUGAAUGCAAGACUAGGUGGAACUCAACUUAUGAUAUGUUAGCUUGUGCAAUCAAAUUUAAAGAGGUAUUUUCUAGACUUUCUUUGGAGGAUAAAAAAUAUGUUUAUUGUCCAGGUAACGAUGAUUGGGUGAAAAUUGAGAAAUUGCUUGAAAUUUUGAAGGUUUUUAGUGAUGCUACUAACAUUAUAUCGGGAUCCGAAUAUCCAACUUCUAAUUUAUUUCUUAGUGAGAUUUAUAGGAUUAAAGUAAUGUUGGAUAAGAAUAUGGAUUCUUCUAAUGAAUUUGUUAGAAGUGUGGUAGAGAAUAUGAAAGAUAGAUUUGAUAAGUAUUGGGGUGAAUGUAACUUGCUUAUGGGAAUAGGAUCGGUGUUGGAUCCUCAUUUGAAAAUGAAAGGUGUUGAAAUUACAUUUCCUUCAAUAUUUUCUUGUGAAGAGGUUCGAGAUAAUAUGCGUAGAGUUAGAGAAACUUUACAUGAGCUAUUUGAUGAGUAUGCUAGUGUGUAUUUUCCUCCUACCAUGGAACAUAGUGGCGAAUGUGAAAGUGGUGUUAGAGUUGACGUUGGAGAAAGAAACAUUACGAAGUUGACUCAACUUUUACAAGUUGUGGCCUCUUCGGAGGUAGGUGGUGCUCAAAAAUCCGAAGUUGAUGAGUACCUUGAGGAUGGAGUGCUAAUGGUUCAAGUGGGUGAAAAGUUUGAUCCUAUAGUAUGUGGAAAGAAAAAGCCAUGA